UGGAUUGGGGCUAGCCGGGCGGGCGCUUCGAGGACCAAUGUCAGCCUCCAAACGGCGACGGCUCCCUGAUCCUAGCGUGCGCAUGCUCGGAGGGUUCUAUAUAUUGCUUUGGUCUCUUGUCGUGAUUUCUGCGUGUCCAUAAUCUUUGUUCUCAGCUUGUUGCGUGAUUUCUGGAUUGAUUGCUGAGCUGGAGUACGAGAGCAGACCGCUUACACCCCGCACGAUGCCUCCACAGCAGGGCGAGGUCUCGUUGACGACGCUCUUCGCAGACAUCCACUACUACUUCUCCCCGCCGACCCAGCAGCCCCCGCACCACCGCUUCGAUAAGAGCUCCUAUGUCUAUCUCUACCACAACCCCAUGCGCCAGACUGGGCGCGUGGAGAUUGCAAACCACCCCGGAACCCCAAACCAGGAUGCCUUUGCUGGCCUCCUGGACAUUGUGAAGGUCGAGCAGAGCUACAAGCACCCAUGCCUGUUCACUCUGACUGUCGACGCAUUCCGCGACCAGCAUGGCAGUCCAGCUUCUACGCCCCAGCAAGACAUGUCCCAGUGGCAUCUCCCCGUGCCCGACCCGCACAACCAGGGCAAGUACAUGUACAGGAUCCACACAAUCGACGUCUAUCUGUGGACGCCGAACGAUGCGAGCAUGUUCCUGGACUCGCUGCGGCGGGUGAUGCAGCCGCACCAGCUGCAGAUUAUCGCAGACCCGCACGCCGUCACACCAACAUCAGCACACGACUACAAGACCGACACGAUGAGCCCCGUGAUUGCGAACCUCGAACGCGCCGCCAUCUCACACCAGAGCCGCACGCCCAGCAUAAGCAGCACGCAGGCUUUCCCCGGGCCUCCACAGGCCGCGUUCCCUGGCCCACCAGCUGCUCGUACAUCAACAGCCAGCCCGGCCUUCGCGCCCAUGGCCUACAAUCCUGCUGCGCCCGCGGCACCAGAGCCCAUCGCCCACCGCGAGAAGACGCCGCCGCCGCCAGACGCCGCAGACGGCACGGGGCUCAUGGGCGGGCCCGUCCACAGCUCGCAGCCGCAGUACAGCAACCCGCUGCAGGCCUCGUUCACGCCCCAGCAAACGACCGGCCCCUACACGCCCGGCCUGCCCGCGCCCGGCCAGGGCUUCAGCGGUCCCCCCAGCGCCCACCGCCAAAGCACAUCCGGGUCGCUGCCGCCGCCGCCGCAGAGCCCUCCCUCGUUCGCAGGCCCGCCCCAGUCCGCGCCCCCCGCAGAGUCCUACAACCCCACCAGCCCGCCCGGCAUCCAGCGCCAGUCGUCGCUCCCCGUGCAGCAGUACGCCGGCUACGGCGCGCCCGGCUACAGCAGCGGCCCCCAGUCCCCCGGCCUGCCGUCGCCGGGCCUGCACCAGCCGCAGCACUACCUGGGCUACGCGCAGCACCAGUACGGCAGCACCGGGCCCGCGCCCGCGCCCAGCGACCCCGCCGAUCUGCACAAGCAGUUCUACCGGCCGACCGAGCAGGAGGCCAGUGUCACCGACCACGCGACGCCGGGCGCGGCGCCCAACUCCAACAUGGGCAAGCGCGUGGUCAAGGUCGAGAAGGGCGUGGGCCGGUUCCUGAAGAAGCUGGAUAGCAAGUGGUGAGAGGGUGUUGUUUUAGCCAGCGUUGCGUGAUGUUCUGAAUAUACCCACUCGUUAGAUUUACUAUGUACUUUGUAUGAGCUGGCCCACGUGUAAGAUGCGAUCCGCGUGAGUGUGAUUCGCUGGCCCGGCUGUCAGAUGCGGUCACAGCGCCAAUCAAGGACCACGCUAAGCCGCGGGAGCUGGCGCUAGCGCGGGCCCAGAAUAGCAGCCGGUUUUCGAGGCCUGCUGAGGUGAGGGCUGCGUGGUGCGAGAUGCGCGAUGCGAGUUGUGAGAUGCG